GCGGGCCGGGCAGCCCGGCAGCGGCCCCCGCACGGCCCCGCGCCUGCCGAGCGUCCCCUGGGCUGCUCGUCCCACGGCCGCAGGCAGAGAGCCGGCGGUGGAGCGCAGCAUGGCAAAGAAGGUGGCCAUCAUCGGCGGGGGCAGCAGCGGGCUGUGCGCCGUCAAAGCCUGCCUCCAGGAGGGGCUGGAGCCCGUCUGCUUCGAGAGGACUGCCGACAUCGGAGGCCUCUGGAGGUUUGAGGAGCACCCCGAGGACGGCCGUGCCAGCAUCUACCGCUCCGUCAUCAUCAACACCUCCAAGGAAAUGAUGUGCUUCAGCGACUUCCCCAUCCCUGAGGACUUCCCCAACUACAUGCACAACUCCAAGAUCAUGGAGUACUUCCGCAUGUACGCCCAGCACUUCGACCUGCUCCGCCACAUCCGCUUCAGGACCAGCGUGUGCCGCGUGUCCAAGCGCCCCGACUUCGCCAGCAGCGGGCAGUGGGAGGUGGUGACGGAGAGCGAGGGGCAGCAGGAGGCGGCCGUCUUCGACGCCGUGCUGGUGUGCAGUGGGCACCACACCGACGCUCAUCUCCCGCUCAGUUCCUUCCCAGGAAUUGAGAAGUUCAAGGGCCGCUACCUCCACAGCCGAGACUACAAGGAUGCUCAGGCUUUCACAGCCAAAAGGGUUGUUGUCAUUGGGAUUGGCAACUCGGGGUCAGACCUGGCUGUCGAGAUCAGCCAAACAGCCCAGCAGGUCUUCCUCAGUACCCGCCGGGGUGCGUGGAUCUUCAACCGCGUUGGAGAUGGGGGCUACCCCAUCGACACCAUCUUAACCACCCGCCUGAAGACAUUCCUGCAGGGGCUGCUCAGCUCGUCCGUGGCAUGUGACUACAUGGAGAAGAAGCUGAAUGCCAGGUUUGAUCAUUCACACUACGGCCUGAAGCCAAAGCACAGGGUCUUUCACCAGCACCCAACCGUCAACGACGACCUGCCCAACCGCAUCAUUUCGGGCAGGGUGCAGGUGAAGCCGAACAUCCAGGAGUUCACAGAG